AUGAGCUUCGAGGUCGUCGCAAAGUCGGCGGAUAAAGCGCCCCGCCGCGCCUGCCGGAUCUCACGCUAUGUGGCCGUUUGCCUUCCUCUCCUAAGUGAGCAGUUUGUCUUGGCGAUGCCCUCAUCAAUGUUGACGGCUAUACGCCUCGAGUGGGCGCUAGACGAUUCCACGAUCACUUACGUUCUAGCGGCGGGCACCGCGCUAAACGGCGUGGGGAAGUUUGCUGGCGGAGUCCUGAUCGACCGAUAUGGCGCACGGCGCUUCCUCUCCGUGUCGAUGUUCUUGAUGGUGAUAGGGGCCGGUAUCUUCGGAACUGGACUGACGAUGGCGCUGGUCGGCUACGUCAUCCUCCAGCUCUGUGCGGCUGGCGGCUGGCUCUCGGCCUGCAAGCUGAUGGAGCAGCACUUCGAGCCGGAAUUGUGGAGCUGGUGCUUCGCCGUGGUGGGGGUCGGAUCGAGGGCUGGCUCUGCGCUCUCGAAGUUGGCUUUGGGGAGCCUCCUGAAGGUCAUGCACUGGCAGUCCAUCGCAUGGAGCACUGGUGUGGCCAUGGUCCUUCUGCGGUACAUCUGCCUAUGGUUCAUACCUCUAGAGCGAAUGACUCCACAGAGGCCUUCCCAAGGUUACACUACGAGGCCCUGGUGCGAGCGCGUGCUGCACAUCACCUGCAACCCGAGCAUGCUCCUCUACUUCUGCAUUGUCAUUGGCUGCUACAGCAUCGCGCAUGGCGCGGAAAACGAUGCCCCACUCAUCCUGCAGGAUGCCUUGCGCUUGAGCCCUGCGGAUGCCAGCAUAUCAGCAUCCGUCUACCCAGCUGGGCUCUUCACGUCGCUCCUCCUGGCAGCACCCUUGUACUCCUUCCUUCGGCGGAGAUGUGCGAAGUUCGCAUUGGAGCUGACUCUGCAGAUACUGGCCGUGGUGUCGGCAUUCACGCUCACGAAGGCCGUUUCUUCCGGCUGGUCGGAGCUGAUUGCCUUUGAGGUGCUCUUCUUCCUCCUUGCCCUCUCAGUUGGGUUGACGUACUAUGUCACCCCGAACAUGUUUCCACUCUUCUAUGGCGACGACUGCGCCUUCGCCAGUGCCAUGCUGGACGUGGUGGGCUUGUCGUCGUCGUUUAUGUUCCAGAUGGCAUCUAGUGUCAUCUUCAGAUCUGGUGGUUCGUGGGAACAUGUGCUGAUGCUGCUGACUGGCCUUGCCACUUUUCAACUCCUGGCCACUAGCGUUCUCAGCCUCUUUCCGCGCUUGACGCCUCACCUGGCCUUUUGUGAAGCAGUGCCAGACGAGGUGACCAAUGCUUCUAGCGAUCCAGACCUACAUAACAUCGUCGAAACUGCCCAGAUCAUUGGGCACAAGCACGAAGACGGCGAAGACCGCUUGGGCGUGUAA